GGACCUGGGAAACACAUAAUCAGAAAGAAUAAACAUUUGUGGUUCUGAAAAGUGAGGAAGAUAAACAUUGGUGGACCUGAGAAACACAUAAACAGAAAGAAUAAACAUGUGUGGUUCUGAAAAGUGAGGAAGAUAAACAUUGGUGGACCUGAGAAACACAUAAUCAGAAAGAAUGAACAUUUGUGGUUCUGAAGAUAAAGAUUUGUGAACCUGAGAAACACACAAAAGAAAAACAAAACUAGACAGAAUAGGAUACAUUUAAGGUUCUAAAAAGUGAUGAAGAUAAACAUUGGUGAGCCUAGAAACGCAAAAAAAAAGGAAAGAUUAAACAUUUGUGAUUCUGAAAACCGAUAAAAUUGAAUGUUUGUGAAUCUCGAAAACACACGAAUUAGAAACAGAGUAAAAAGAUCAACAAUCGUGGUUCUGAAAAGCUAUAAUAUAAGUGAUUGUGGUCCUCGAAACAAAGAAAGCAAAAAUAUCAACAAUCGUGGUUCUGAAAAGCUAUAAAUAUAAGUGAUUGUGAUCCUAGAAACAAAGUAAAUCGACUAAACAAUUGUGGUUCUACAGAGCAUAAAAUAUAAGUGAUUGUGGUCCUCGAAACAAACAAAGCAAAAAGAUCAACAAUCGUGGUUCUGAAAAGCUAUAAAUAUAAGUGAUUGUGGUCCUCGAAACAAAGAAAGCAAAAAGAUCAACAAUCGUGGUUCUGAAAAGCUAUAAAUAUAAAUGAUUGUGGUCCUCGAAACAAACAAAACAAAAAGAUCAACAAUUGAGGUUCUACAGAGCGAUAAAUAUAAGUGAUUGUGGUGCUAGAAACAGAGCAAAAAGAUCAACAAUUGUAGUUCUGAAAAGCAAUAAAUAUAAAUGAUUGUAGACCUAGAAACAAACAAGGUAAAAAGAUCAACAAUUGUGGUUCUGAAAAGCUAUAAAUAUAAAUGAUUGUGAUCCUCGAAACAAAGAAAGCAAAAAUGACCAACAAUUGAAGUUCUGAAGAGCUAUAAAAAUCAACGUUUGUGAGCCUAAGAAAUACAGAAGAACAGAAGGACUUAACAUUUGUGGUUCUUAAGACAAAUAAUACUCAAAAAUUGUGGUUCUCAAGGGAAAGUAAAUGAAUGAAAAGAGAGAAAAGCAAAUGAUUAAAAAGUGAAUGAAAUAAGAAAGAAAAUAAACGAAGAAAUUAAAUAAAAAACUAAAUGAAUCAAAACGAAAUAAUAGGAAGAGAAACAAAGGAUGAAAGAGAAAUAAAAUAUAGAAGAGAAGAAUGACAUAGAGAAAUAACGAAGAUAUUAAUUAAGAUAUAUACACAAGAAGAGGAAAACAACAAGAAGAAGAAGAGGAAGACCGAUUGAAAUAGAGAGGAAAGAGAACGAGAGAGAAAGAAGGAAUGCAAAGAGAAGAAGGAAAGAAGGAAGAAAGAAGAGGAAGAGAAAGAAGAGGAGAAAAAUAGAUAGAGGAAAUAGUGAAAGAAAUUAGAUAUUUACCAAAAAAAAACUUGAUAGGAAAAAAUAUACGUGAAGGAAGUUGAAAGAAAUUGAAAGAAAAUAAAAAUAAAUAAAAAGAAAAUGAGAUAAAAAGUUGAGAGAAAUUGAAAGAAAAGAAAAUUAAAUAAGAAGAAAAUGAGAUAAAGAAGAAAAAUUAAGAGAGAGAGAGAGAAAGAGAAAGAAAGGAAGGAAAAGUUCUCUCCAUCAUGAAGGAAUAUCAGGAGGUGUGGCUGGACCUGGAGUCGGUGCUGCUGGCGGACGAGCUGCCCCCCUACCACCCCCCCACGCCCGCACCCCCGCCCCCCGCGAUGCCCCCCGCCUCCACCCCCGGCCCCCACCCCUACUGCGAGACCGGAGGGGUGCUCACCGUGCUGGGGGGCGAGGACACCCAGGGCCUGCCGCCCCCGCCGCCCUGCCCCCCAAGACGCCAUGGAGGCCUGCCUGCUGCCCGGCCUGCCCCCCCCGGGCCCGCUGCCCCCCACGCCCCCCACCCACGACCCCCUGUACAUCCCGAACCUUGGCUACGACCCCCCCGCCUGCCGCCUGGGGCCCGGGGCGCGGGGCGGCCUCAAGCGGGGCUACCCUGAGGGCGUGGCGCCCCCCGCCAAAGUGCCCUGCGUGGGGGGCUACCGCCGGGGGGAGGUCUGCCCCCCCGGCCCGGGCCCGCCGCCCCCCCUGCACUACAUGGGCGCCCCCCACCACCCAGCUGCGGGCUACCCCCCACACCCCCUCCACCAGCAACACCUCCAGCACCAGCACCAGCACCAGCACCAGCAACAACAGCAACAACAACAACAACAACAACAACAGCAACAACAACAACAACAACAACAACAGCAGCAGCAGCAGCAGCAGCAGCAGCAGCAGCAGCAACAACAACAACAACAACAACAGCACCACCAUCAACAGCAACAACAACAACACUACCCCCACCACCAGUACGUGCUGCCCCCCACGCCCCCCCAGUACCCGGGGGCGCCACACCCCGCCGCCCCCCUUCCCCAGGAGUACGCCACCUACUGGUCCCUCCCGGCGGUCCCCCCCGGCCAGUACGCGGCCUGCGUGGAGGCGGGGCAAGCGGCUCGGGGCGGGGCGGGGCCCGGCGUGUCGGGGGUGGGCGUGGGCGGCGGUGGUGUGACGGGCGGAGGCGUGGGCGGCGCGGGCGUGUCAGGGGCGGGUGGGGCAGGGGCGGGCGUCAAGCCCCCCGCGCGGCGCCGCCGCAGCCGCCGCAAGCUGGUGGUGCACGCGUGCCCCUACGAGGCCUGCCUCAAGACCUACAUCAAGAGCUCGCACCUCAAGGCGCACCUGCGCACGCACACGGGCGAGAAGCCGUACACGUGCCGGUGGCGCGGCUGCGGCUGGCGGUUCGCGCGCUCCGACGAGCUGACGCGACACUACCGCAAGCACACGGGCGACCGGCCCUUCCAGUGCAGGCUGUGCGAGCGAGCCUUCUCGCGCUCCGACCACCUCAGCCUGCACAUGAAGCGGCACUCCGCGGCGGCCGCCACGCUGGUGGCGCCCUGACCUGCACCCCACAGCCUGCUGCGGCAGCCUGUACCGCCGCCACCACCACCAUCCCAGCCUGCAGUACUACGUGAGGCGGUUGUGCUGGUGCCCUGAGCACGCCUGUAAGCCUGCAGCCUGCACCACAGCCUGCACACCUGGCGUCACGCUGGUCCUGUCUUCGCGCGUGGCUUGCCGGCCGCCGAGCGUCUGCUGGUCACGAUUCGCCUCACGCGCUGCGGCUGGCGGCGGCCCGCGCGGCGCGUCAGCAGGAGGGCAGAUCCUGCGGCGGCCAGCACGCGCUCGGGUGUAAACAAGAGGGAGGGAUGGCCGCCGACAACCAGCGUGCUUCUCGGCGGCCUCCCACGCGGCCCUCACAACGGUACCUGUGGAGGACCGCCUUUAUCCUGCGGCUGUCGUGCAGGGCCGACUACUGUACAUACUCCAGCACGGGGAGCAUGACCCCCCCCCCCACACACACACACAACGCAGUGACGUCACGAAUGUAAACAGAAGCACGUGGUUGUGUUGAUGACGUCACGCGUGUAAACAAAGGAAGCACGUGGAAAUUAAAUGGACGAGUAAACAAAGGAGGAGGAAGAGGAGGAGGAGGAGGAGGAGGAGAUAGGGAGAAGAAGAGAACGGAAAUUAUUAUUGUAAGAUGAGGAGAAUGAGACGGGGAAGAAGAAGGAGAAGAAGGAGAGAAAUAGGAAGAGGAGGAAGGGAAGAAAAGAGGAGGAAGGGUGUUAGAAUAGGAUAAAGAAGGAAUAAGAGGAGAAAGAAGAGGAGGAGAAGGAGACGGAGGAAAAGGAAAAAAUAAAUUGUAGAAGUUCAGGAGAGGAAAGAAGAAGAGGGAGAGGAAGAGAAGAGAAGAAGGAGGAGGAGGAGGAAGAGAUGUUAGAAUGGAGAGGUGAGGAAGGAAGAAGAGAGGAGGAGGAGGAGGAGGAGGAGGAGGAGAUAAAAAGGAGAAGAAAGGAA